GUUAUUUCAUGUGGAAUAUUGUAGGGUACAUAUGACAAGGUAUACUUCAUUUUGUUUAAAGUAACUCAUUAGAUUAUUUCAAAUAUUUUUAAGAAUAUCUAUUGUGAUAAUUCAAUCAGUUGUAGUCAUUUCGAAUGAUGGAAGACAAAUACUAUAAAACAGGAAAAGUGUACGUUGCAGUGUUCUUGAACAAAAGGAAACAAAACCCAAACGUGAGUUUAAAAGUGCCAAUCGAAUGCAGUGACGAGGAAGAUGUCGAUCUCAACAUUAUCAGAAAUCUUUGCAAAACGAAAUUUGGUGAUGAUAUUGAAAAUGAAAUUGUUAGGAACAAUAAUAAGGAUGACAUUCUAAAACAACUUAAGGCUUUUUCCGAGACAAGGGCAAAGGACUUUGAUUGCUUCCUUUUCUUUUUCCUUGGUUUCAUAGAUGAUUCACAGGGAGCCACCGACUCCCAAACCUUUAAAUCCGAUGACGGUUUCUUACCAAUAGAUGAAAUCUACAACUCCGUCAAAAAGUCUUCAGAUAUGGCUGGAAAACCCAAGGUGUUUGUUUUCCAAGCUGAGGACACCCGUCUUCUACCCACUCCGUACAUGGAUAAGUCAUUUCUAAUUGAAGAAGAACCCCAGGCAAAGACAAAGAAAAUACCAACUGACGCCGAUAUGUUGAUCAUAACAAGCACAAUUCCACAACUUCUGGCAAACACAAACCAUGAAAGGUUUCAGACUUAUACAGGGUUUGACCCCAAAGCCACAACUGGCGUGCAACCAAGUGAUGCAGUGAGGGGCUCAUUUUUAAUCCAGGCUUUUGUGGAUUUCGUUCUGGACGAAAGCAACAGAGAUGUUGAUAUUCUUACCUUGACCACAAAGAUAAAUGGUAAAAUAGAAGAUUUGAUUGAAGAGGUCAAGAAGGACGAAAGAUUUCGUGAUGAAAUAAAUCAACAAAUUUUAGACAAACUUGAGCUGCCGUUCACGACGUCAACGUUAACAAAGCUCGUUGUCUUUAAAAAGUUGACCUAACAUCAAAAGGUAUAUAUGAUGGUAAUAUUUGUGUUGACAUUCGUGAAUAACUAUGACGAUGUAUGCGAGGACUACACACUACAAGAAACUAAUACACAGAAUCGUCACUAUACACGUGGACCUUCAAAAGAAAACAAUAUAAAGUACACAAACACACCGAGAAUAUUUUGAUGUGUUUUGUAAAGUUAUUACUGACUCACGUUUCCAACAUCUUAUAACAGUUUGGAGUUAACUUAUGUCGAUAAAUAAAACAAUGUAUCAUAAAGAUGUGAACUGCGGGACAUACAUGUGGUUUCGAAUUUCAAUAACAUUUUUAACUUUGAGUAACACAUUCGAUGUGGGAAUCGAAAAUAAACACUGGAUUGAAAUUCGCAUGCUGCAUUUUACAACACCGUAUACAAUGUAGUGUAUGAAUAGAGAGAUCCCGCAGAGUAAAAUUUUCAUUAUCAAUGUUUGUAGCUACAAAAAUAAAUAAUAUAUGUUAUUCGGAUAAUUAAAGAUUUACCAUCUUUUUAAUUAUGUUCUUAUAUAACUUUCUUUCAAUUCAUUAUAUUUUAUUUCGUUCAUUUUUUAUAUGUAUAUAUUUGUUCAUAAUGAACCGAACUACUAACUCUUCUUGUUCACUGAUAUCAUUAUUAUUUUCCAUUUGUAUUGAUAACAAACGUGUUAAGUGUAAGUCGAUAUAAAGUACACUCUGAGUCCAAUUGUGUUUCUUAUGUCACCAAACUAUAAAAGGAAGUUAGAUAAUACAUGUGACUUCCAUUCUCGUAAAGCAGAUUGUUUACAAUCAAUCGCAAGGAGUUUAGACUAGUUUAAACAUAGUUACAUAAAUGUUUUGGUGAUAUCACAUUUCGAUUACAAUAGAGAUGAUACAGUUGAUACAUUCGUUGUUUUUAAACGUUUGGACAUGAAGCAAACUAAUAUGAUAGUUCGUCGUAUUCCUGUGUUUGUUUUAUUAUAUUUUCAUGAAGUAUGUUACGGUAAUUAUAGUACAUAUGCUGGGAAUGUUUCUUUAUGUGAUGUUACGAAUCGGGUUUUCGUUCAUUUGUGUCCAGACGACUAAGGCCUUGUUCAAGAUGAGCUUAAAACCCAUUCUCUUAUAUACCAUAGAAAUGAAGUAUUUUAUUUCAUCUUACUAUAAAAUUGUAUAUCAGAAACCCGUACUCAUGUUGAUUUAACAAGUUACGUGAUUGUUUAAGUACAUAAAAAUACGGAAAAGUGUUGUACCCAGAUCUUUGGACACAAGAUACAUAAAUUUAAAGUUAAAUUUGUUAUUGUUAUUUACAUUAAUACAUAAAUAAACAUUAUAAUUGUAACCUAUUAUAUUAGAAUUGAUCUUAUUUAACACCUACCAGAUUCCAUUCAGAACUCGAUGACAAUCGGAGGGGAAAAAUAUCAUGAUAUGACUCUAUAUUUA